UAUAUCCCACAAUUUGUCGCGUCUGGGUUGGAUUACUUUGCAGACGGGAGAUAAAAAUUCAGCGACUUUUUGUGGGGAUUGCUUACUAUUUCACUAAUUUAUUUCGUUCUGAUAAUUCAAACAGUAAUCCUAGUAAUUUUAUUCCUGCUUCCUUUUCGGAUUGUGUUUUUUGGGAGCAGAAACGUUUCUUCUGUGAAGGGUCAUGUGUUUCUGUGCGAUUGAGCAUCAUCGGACGAGAAACAUGUUUUCUUUCGCUGAUUUUUCGAAUUCGAACCAUGCUUUCUUGUACCGGCGAAGGCGAAGUAGAGGUUGAAGUGAUAUUUUUACCGUGUAAAUCUCUCUUUCUUCGUUUUUCUUUUUUUAACUGAUUGUUAAACCAUGGGUGAGGCUAACGAAGGAAGAAGAAGCAAGGCUAUGGAUAAUAUGUCUCUACAAAUGGACAAGUUCCCGAGAGAUCUUCUUCAGAGAUUCAUGGCUUGUAGUAAUAAUACGCAGCAACCCCUGUGCUCAGAGGCUUGCGGGCAAUCGGAAGAGAUUGAGCUUAGCCUUGGCCUUUCGUUGGGAGGUCGGUUCGGUGUCGACAAGAAUGCUAAGAAGCUUAUGCGGUCAUCGUCUAUCGUCGGGACAAUGCCUUUCGUCAGAGAGGACACGACUCCAUCCCCGUCACCGGCACGGGCGAACCCGACUACUCUCAUGCGGACUUCGUCACUUCCGGCGGAGACCGAAGAGCAGUGGAGGAAAAGGAAGGAGUUGCAAACAUUGAGGCGAAUGGAGGCUAAGAGACGGCGGUCGGAGAAGCAGAGAAAUUCCAAGACGGAGAGAGAUGGCGGCAGUGGCGGCGCAGGCGGUGCAACGGUGUCAGCACGACCUUUCGGGUUACCUAGCUGUGGUGCAUCAUCUGAUUAUAAUGCUAGGCAAGUGCAAGUGGUUCUUGGUGAUGUAUUGGCCAAAGGGAAGGUUGGUUUUCAAGGAUAUGCACAGCCUUCUUCUCAGGGCUCUGCGGAUUCUCAAGGUGGAAGCUCUUCAGGAGUGUCAGAAAUGGAUAGCAAACCUUUUCAAGGAUCAAGCAGCUGUGGUGAAGCAAGAAGCCCAGCUAGUAAUCAUCCAUUGCAGGAGCAAAGCAAACAGGAUUUGGCAGGUUCAUCGGGGGCAAAGACAAAUGACAAUGUGAUCAGAACUUCCAGGGCUGAGCCAGAGCAUCCAGCCAAGAAACCUGACUCUUGUCAGAAGCAAGGGAGGGAAAUCGGGAUAAGCUCGAUGGAGGACAUGCCCUGUGUUUUCGCGAAAGGGGAUGGUCCCAACGGGAGGAGAAUCGAGGGAAUCUUAUACAGGUAUGGCAAAGGUGAGGAAGUGAGGAUAAUGUGUGUGUGCCAUGGGAAAUUCCUGUCACCAGCUGAGUUUGUGAAGCAUGCUGGUGGUGGUGAUGUUUCUCACCCACUUAGGCACAUAGUUGUGAACCCUGUCCACACUCCCUUUUUGUGAUGACAGUGAGUUGCUCCUUAUGUUCUGCAAAAGUAGGACAGAAUCAUAGGGAUGAUAAUAUUUGAGUGAAAAGAAUUAUAAUUUGUUGCUGAAUCAUGUGUAAAUGUUUUGCUUGCUUUCUGCAUGAGCAUUAGGAUUAUUCAUCAGCUUGGCAGUAGCCUGGAGAUCUUCUUGUUAUGUUUGUUAUUUUGUCUCACCGUGUUUAAUUGAGUGAUAAAUUCAGAAUGUGUUUUCUUGGUGGUAAGAAGCUGUCACCUGUGUAAGUACGGCUGAAAAUGUUAGGGCAGCACAAGAAAUAUUUAAGGUGAUUCUGAGAUGAAAUUCAUUGGAAAGUUAUGUUA